AUGUCUCUUACUGACAAGGACUACGUUUUAUCCCUUGCCAAAAUCGAUCCGGAACUCAAAGUCAUACUUGACCAGCAGACAUUGCCGCCUCCUGCCUAUGAUAAUCUAGAGCUUUACAAGAAGUUAUCACUUAGGAGAAAUGAGGAGACGGUCAAAGCAGAUGGUCCACCUCCGCCAGAAGUUGUGGAGUCUGAAUUUCAUUAUCCAACUCGAGAUGGAGCAACGGUUCGAGGCAAAUUGUAUCGACCAUCCCAACCUCCAAAGAAUGGCAGCCCACUGAUUGUCCUUUUCCAUGGCGGUGGCUUUUGUAUCGGAAUUCCUGAAAGCGAGGCACAGAGCUGUCGUAACUUUGUGCAAGCCUAUGGGGCUGUGUGCCUUUCGGCUGCAUACAGACUGGCACCAGAGUUUCCUUUUCCCUGUGGCGUCCUUGAUGCUUGGGAUGCUUUAAAAUGGGCAGCUGACAACUGCAACGAACUAGGUGCAGACCCUUCUCUCGGUUUUGUUGUUGGCGGCACCUCCGCUGGGGCGAAUAUGUCAGCAGUUCUCGCUCACUUGGCCCGAGACGAGGGAAUCUCCCAUCCUUUGACGGGUCAAUAUCUGGCAAUUCCACCAGUACUGCCACCCACAGUUGUCCCAGACGAGUUCAAAGAAUUGUAUCUCUCGUACGAACAGAACAGACAUGCGCCGGUGCUUCCUGUCGUAGCGAGCGAGAUGUUUUUGAGUGGCUAUCAUCCUGAUGAUACAGAUAGCAGGCUCUGGGCUAUCUUCAACCAUCCGAAGGGUCACCAAAAUCUUCCACCAGCUGUCUUUCACAUCGAUGGCCUAGAUCCACUGAGAGACGAGGGGCUGAUAUAUGAGCGGGUACUGAGAGAACGCUGCAACAUCAAAACAAAGCUGUACAUAUAUCCCGGGGUUCCACAUGGACAUUGGGCAUUCUUCCCUUCUUUGAAAGCUAGUACCCAGUUUAGAAAGGAUCAAGUGGAGGGUAUGGGGUGGCUAUUGGGUAAGGAUUCGGACUUAUCUGAUUUGUCUUUCGAAGCAAAAGCAACCAGUGCAUAA